UCGGUCUUAUCUUCCGGUGACGAGCUCCGGACCCUCACGCUCCCGAGCUCCGGACCCUCACGCUCCCGAGCUCCGGACCCUCACGCGCCCCGGUAGUCCCGUCCGGUGGAGACCGCGUCCUGGGCUCAACAUGGACUACCUGCUGCAGGUGAAGAUCGGAGCUCUGGUCGCUUUACUGCUCCUAACUCUUUUCUUCGGAUUCAUCCCUGCGCGAGUGAAAUGGUUCCGAGACACAAACGGAACCGAGCUCCACCGGGCCGUCCUGAGCCUCAUCAGCUGCUUCGCCGGCGGCGUGUUCCUGGCGGCGUGUCUCCUCGACAUCAUUCCAGAUUAUCUGUCCGACAUGAAGGCGGAGCUGGCCGCUCGGUCGGUGACGACCAGCUUCCCUCUUCCAGAGUUCAUCAUGGCCGCCGGCUUCUUCAUGGUCCUCAUCCUGGAGAGGCUUGUCCUGAGCUGUCGGGAGACGCACGGGCCUCCGGAGGAGGAGAGGGCGCCGCUGCUCCCGGGCCGCGGAGCGAGCCCUGCCCCCGAGGGCCACCACGUCCACGUGGACUUCCAGGCUCACUCCCCCUUCCGCGCCUUCAUGCUCUUCCUCUCCCUCUCGCUCCACUCCAUCUUUGAGGGCCUCGCUAUCGGCCUGCAGAGCACCGACUCGAAGGUGUUGGAGAUCUGCAUCGCGAUCCUCGUCCACAAGAGCAUCAUCGUGUUCAGCCUGUCGGUGAAGCUGGUCCAGAGCGCCGUGCGCCCGCUGUGGGUGGCGGCUUACAUCGGCGUGUUCGCCCUGAUGACGCCCGUCGGCAUCGCCAUCGGCAUCAGCGUGAUGGAGGCUCGGCUGGCGGCCGGGGCGCUGAUCCAGGCCGUCCUGGAGGGGCUCGCCGCGGGGACCUUCAUCUACAUCACCUUCCUGGAGAUCCUCCCGCACGAGCUCAACUCUCCCGGGAAGCAGCUCCUCAAGGUGCUCUUCAUCGUGCUGGGCUUCAGCACCAUGGCGGCGCUCACCUUCCUGGGCUGAGAGCGCCGUGACACUGCAGAGACACGACUCACCUGGAAGGCCUUCUGCCCUGCAGAGGAAGACGCUGGACCUCUAAUGUCCAAGGGAGCGGGACAACACGCGUUACUCUGGUAUCGCUUUUAAUAUAUUUAAACUUCGUGAAGGAGGACUCUGAAAGAUUUCUGUUUCUAUGGGUUCUUUACAAGAGGUGUUCUGAGGAACCGCUGACUGCAACAAGUCCCCUCGCUCAGGAAGAGCCCAUAACCUUUGACCCCAUUGAGGAGUAUUCAGAGGGGCCUUCUGUACAUAACUCUGCUCCACCAGAAACUAAUGUUGACCUAUUCCACCUGGAAGCUGCUCUCUUCCCAAGAGGUGGGUUGGGCCCUUUAUGGUGUUUCCUCUGACGCAUGUUUAUUUGCAUUGUUUUAUAUAUUUUUAUACUGUUUGCAAUGUCUCUCCUUAUUUCCACCAAGGAGCGAGGCAAAAAUGUAAUUUCCUUUUAACCCUCCACCAUUUACACAAGCUGAUGUUUACAUUAGGUCGACCUGUUCCCAGUUUAGUCCAUUUAGUUUUCGUUUGUCUGAAUCCAAACCAAAUGCUUUGUUAACAUGUUUCGAAUGUAACGCUUUCAGUUCUCUAUUUCCACUGGACGAUUAAAGAAGAUUUAAUGAUCAGCACAAAAAGAAGAGAAGAUAAAGAAUGAGUCUUG